UCUCUCCUAUAAAUAUAAAAUUUAUACAAAUUAUCAUAUAAAAAAAUUAAUAAUAACUUUAAUAAUUUAUUCAGCUCCCUAAGGCUCACCAAGUAAACACCAUGUCAAUCUCUAUCUCUCUCUACUUCCAAGUACUUUUCUUCUUUCUAUUCUCGCCUUCAAAAACACUUCAAAUUUUGGGGAAAAUCACUCAACGCCACCAAAAUCAAUAAAUACCAGAAUUGUCUCCAUUUUUCUAGAGAGAGAGAGAGAGUAUUUUUUUAGAGAGAGAGAGAGGGAGAUGGCGUCGUCGGCGUUGACAUUGAAGAAGACUGGGAGCGAAGGAGGGUCAUCGGAGAGCGGAGCUGGGACGGAAGAGAGAGGGAGGUUCGAGUUCUUCGGCUGGGUCUACCAUUUUCGCGUCAAUUCCAUCGGCCACGAGUACUAUCAUCUCCGCUUUCUCUUCAUUCGCGGCAAGUAUGUCGAGAUGUACAAGCGCGACCCUCGCGAAUACCCCGGCAUUAAACCCAUUAGGAGGGGUGUUGUUGGCUACACACUUAUGGUGGAAGAGUUAGGACGUCGAAAGGUCAAUCAUGGUGAUGUUUAUGUUCUGCGGUUUUACAAUCGGUUGGAUGAGACAAAGAAAGGAGAAAUUGCUUGUGCCACAGCAGGAGAAGCCCAUCAAUGGAUGGAGGCAUUUGAUCAUGCCAAGCAACAGGCUGAAUAUGAACUUUCAAGAGGUGGUGGCGCGAGAAACAAACUGAACAUGGAGACUGAGAUCAAUCUUGAAGGACAUCGACCUAGGGCAAGGCGUUAUGCACAUGGUUUGAGAAAUCUAAUAAGAAUUGGACAAGGGCCGGAGACUCUUUUACGUAAAUCUUCAAAUUUGGCCACAAAUGUUGGAUCAGAUGGAUACUUUCAAGGAGAUGAUGGAGAUGUAAUAGAAGCUUAUGAGUGGAAAUGUGUCAGUAUGGUUAAUGGUGUAAGAAUCUUUGAGGAUGUGGCUAACACAAAGAGUGGUAAAAGUGUUCUAGUGAAGGCUGUUGGUGUUGUCAAUGCAAAUGCUGAUAUUGUGUUUGAGGUGAUUCUGAAUGUUGAUCGACAUCAAAGAUAUGAGUGGGAUAUGUUGACUGGUGACUUAAAGUCGAUCGAUUCGUUGAAUGGACACUAUGAUGUUGUCUAUGGUACAUAUGAUCCUCAACAUUUCUCAAGAUGGCAAUCUAAAAGGGAUUUUGUCUUCUCCAGGCAAUGGUUUCGAGGACAAGAUGGAACUUAUACGAUAUUGCAGUUUCCAACUGUACACAAAAAGUACCCUCCAAAAUCAGGAUAUCGACGAACAGAAAUUAACCCUUCAACAUGGGAGAUCAGAAGUUUGAACACAUCUCCUGCUUCAAAUUUUACAAGAUGUCUUGUAACACAAAUACUAGAGAUACACUCUGUUGGCUGGCGCAGGUGGAAGAAUAUUCGAUGGUCAAAGUUAGAAAAGACUGUUCCUUAUGCAAUGUUGAGCCAAGUGGCAGGUUUAAAAGAAUAUAUCGGAGGAAAUCCAUCACUCAUUUCUGAAUCUUCGACCACAUUUGUCCAUUCAAAAAUUUCCGAUUUUUCUUCAUCUAAUAGUGAAUAUGAGGAUUCAGAAGUUGCUGAUGAGUUCUAUGAUGCAAUUGCUGAUGAUUCAUCGUCUGAUGAUGAAGAUGGUGACAAUGAAGAAGAAGCUGACAAUAAGGACAAAAAGAUGAAGCUGAAAAACAUCUCAUGGGCUAUUGUGGGCUUGGCUUUGAAGCGAACUUCAGCUCCAGGUUUGAAAAAGGAAUUGGAUACAACUGUACCUCCGAUCAUUCUUGAUCCAACCAACUAUCAUGGGUCCAUGUGCCAAGGGAAGGAUGAGACCGAUACUAAUUGUUGGACAUCUCCAAGUGGUACAGGAUUUAUGAUCAGAGGGAAGACAUAUCUGAAAGAUAAUUCGAAGGUUAUGGGAGGAGAUCCGCUUCUAAAGCUCAUAGCAGUUGACUGGUUUAAAGUUGAAAAUUGCAUCAGUAAGGUUGCAUUGCAUCCCAGCUCUCUUGUUCAGUCAGAAGCUGGGAAAAAACUCCCAUUCAUUCUCAUUCUAAAUCUUGAGGUUCCAGCAAGACCUAACUACAGCAUGGUUCUAUACUAUGCUGCUGAUAGGCCUGUAAAUAAAAAUUCUUUGUUGGGUAAAUUUGUUGAUGGGUCCGAUAUGUUUCGUGAUUCAAGAUUUAAACUAAUUCCAAGAAUUGUUGAGGGAUAUUGGAUGGUAAAGCGUGCUGUUGGAACAAAAGCUUGCAUAUUAGGGAAAGCAGUUACCUGUGAAUACCUUAGACAAGACAAUUUCCUAGAGAUUGAUGUGGACAUUGGCUCAUCAUCCGUUGCAAGGAGUGUCAUUACUCUUGUCCUUGGAUAUGUGACGAGCAUUGUUGUUGAUCUUGCAAUUCUAAUUGAGGCCAAAGAAGAGGCGGAGCUCCCUGAGUACAUUCUUGGAACUGUUCGACUGAAUCGUGUGAAGCUCGACUCUGCUGUACCUUUUGAAGUUUGAAAUAUUUUGAUACAUCAACAUGCUGUGAUCAUCAUAUUUACAGAAGCAAUUGGCAUUAUUGUAACUGGGUGCAUUCCAAUGAUUUCCAGAUUCUGGUGUGGAUUAUUGUUCUUAUAAUUUGGACUGGACAUUGAAAAUUCAAUCAUAGAUCACCCAACACUGGUUCCAAUGAGUAUUUAUUUAUAAAACUCUCUUAAAUAGUUUCGAGUAUUUGUUUAAUGUAGUUACACAUAUCAAGCAAGUCAAGUGGGUUAUCUUCUAAUCUGUGUAAAUGAAUUAUGCGAGGGAUGAGGUGAAGAGACGCGAGCUAUUCUGGUCAAGGCUGGUUGUGAAGGGGUGUGUUUCACAAAAGAAUUCAUAGCCUUUGCAGCAAUGCAUUGUUUCAACAUAAUUUUGGGAUGCCAUUUAAUAUUUUCAUAUUUUCAAAUUUCACUUUCAUAUAGUAAAUGUUACAUUAACCACCUCUCUCCCUCCCCAAAGAGGAAACAUAUGAUUGUAAAAAUAAUAUCCAUAUUCUUUUCCUUCUGGAUUACAAUAUUGAUUUUGCAAACUUCA